UCAAUACCUUUUUCUCUUGAAAAUAUGGUUAGCUUAGUAUCUCUUGAUCUAUCCGACAAUGAGUUAGAGGGUGUUGUUCCUAACAAUAGGGUUUUUAGAAAUGCUUCUUCGCCACAAGCGUUUAGAAACAAUAAAGGGUUAUGUGGUGACCUUCAAGGUCUACUUCCCUGCAAUCAAUCUCGUAGAAGUAAGGGAUUGAAGAAAAAUGGACAUAAGGUCCUCAUAUCCAUCUUUGCUUCUUUGAUAGGAAUUGUAUUCCUAGCACUUGCAAUUAUCGGUGUUUUCUACCUCUUGCACAAAAAAGCAAAAAAAGGAAAUAUAGAAGCAACAACAAGAAAUCAUGGCAAUAUAUUUUCAAUAUGGAAUUUCGAUGGCCAGAUUGCUUAUGAGGAUAUUAUUCAAGUAACAGAGAAUUUUGAUUCCAAAUAUUGCAUCGGAACUGGAACUUUUGGGAAUGUUUAUAGAGCAGUGCUACCUACUGGCCAUGUUGUAGCUUUGAAGAAGUUCCAUCCAUUGGAAGGUGAGACAAUUAUAGUUAAUGAUGAAACCUUUGGGAAUGAGAUACGUAUACUAACAGAAAUAAGGCAUCGGAACAUUGUCAAACUUUAUGGGUUUUGCUCCCAUCCACUAUGCAUGUUUCUUAUUUAUGAGUACAUGGAAAAAGGCAGCUUAGCACGCAUCUUGAGCAAUCAAGUUGAGGCUAUGGAGUUGGAUUGGUUGAAAAGAGUAAAUAUCAUCAAAAGUGUGGCCAAUGCUUUGUCUUACUUGCAUAAUGAUUGUAUUCCACCAAUAAUUCAUCGAGAUAUUUCAAGCAAAAAUAUAUUGCUAGACUUGGAACUUGAGGCUCGGGUAUCUGAUUUUGGCAUUGCAAGACUAUUAAAGCAAGACUCAUCUAAUUGGACGUCACUUAAAGGAACUCAAGGGUAUAUUGCUCCAGAGCUUGCCUAUACUAUGGUUAUAACUGAGAAGUGUGAUGUAUAUAGUUUUGGGGUACUAACACUAGAAACAAUUAUGGGAAGGCAUCCAGGGGAGCUUAUCUCAUCUUUAACGACACUAGUUGGCCAAAAGAUGUUGUUAAGGAAUAUGUUAGACCCAUGCCUCACCUUUCCAUCAGAUCCCAAGGUGGCGAAGGAAGUGAUUUCUGUUGUGAGAAUUGCACUUGCAUGUUUACGUAGUCACCCACAAUCUCGUCCAACUAUGCAUCAAGUAUUAGAAGAGCUACUUGUUAUCCAACCAUCAUCUAUGGAGCAUUUUCAUACAAUUUCUAUAGGUGACCUAAAUGAUAUUGACGUGCAAUAAUUGUGAUCGAAGAUUCAUUUGACCUACAGGGGAUUGAGGCGAUUCAUUUCAGACUACACUCAAAAUUAAACAAUAGUUCUCAAGGUCAGCCUUAUGUUAAUUGCUUCUUCUUCUUCUUCUUCUUCUUUUUUUUUUAUUUUAAUUUUUUAUUUUUAAAUCCAAUGUUUAAACUAUAUAACCUUUUAAGCUUUUGAUGAUGGCAUGGCUGAAGUUCUCAUUGUAGACCACACAACUAGUCUUUAUUUCUUUGGAGGUGUUUCUUUUUUCAAAAAAAUUUUUUUUUUUUUGCUUAAGGUCAACAAAGUAUAUGUAUUAAGAAUGAAAGAAAGAAUACAGAAAACAAAUCUAAAUCUUUUCUGAAAACAUUUGUAAUUAUGAGUUCUCUAUUUUAAAAUAUAUACUUAGCAUUGGUAGUUAUUUAUUUUAAUUUUACUAAAUGAGGUUUUCCUAAUGUCAAUUCAAUUCAUCAUGAUCCCUUUCUU